UCGUGGGGGGGGGGGUAUCAUGGCGCGCCGGGAAACUUACACGGGGAAGGGACGGCAAUCGGAGCCGGAUCGACGGUUUUCUAUCAUGGAUCUCAAACAGCAGGCUGCAGAGUAUUACCGGAGCAAUGAAAUACCGCAGCGCUUGGAGGAAGUACUCAACACCAUGUUCUACCAGCGUCCCGGGGAUCUCUACGGUUAUCUGGCAAACUUCUUCUCUGAAUUAUCAAAACCUCCAGUGAUAUGCAAAUUAGAUGCUAAAAGUGUGCUGGAUGGAACUGGUCGACCAACAUUAGAAGUUGAAGUUUUUUGCCGAGUUAGGGACUGUGAAAAGAUUAUUUGUUCCAGCAUGAUCUCAUGUCAUGCUGAAAUUCUUGAAAAUGCUUCAGCAGAAGCAAUUGAUGCGGAUGAAAAGGAAAGAUACGAAUCAUUGAAUAUGGCAAUUGAAUGGAUAAAUGAAUCCCUGAAUGAAAUGCUCAGAGGCCUUCAGCCUAGUGACCAACAAAACAUUGAUGCGUUAUUAGGUGAUUAUUUUACAAGGAAAUACGAAGAAGAUAAAGAAAAGAGGGAACCUGCAAAAGAAAAAGAAAGUCAGGAAGCAAUGGCACCUGCUUCUCCAUUGGCCACCAUACCUCCUGGAAAAAAGAAACCAAACAAAACAGGCAAAAAAAUGUCUGUGAUAGAAAAGCCAAUAGUCCCAGCAGAGCUUCCUGAACCUGUACUUAUGGGCAGUUUGGCUAUUGGAUGUACAUCACUUGCUAUUGCAAAGAGUGCUGCAACUGUUCGUGACAUACCUUUGUACUUAUAUAUUACUUUGCUGAAACAUGACCAGAAGAUGCCAAAAGAACUGGUUAUGCCACUGCCAAUGAUAACAGUUUUAAAUUGUGGGAAAUCAUCACCUGGAAAACUGAAUGUAAUGAAAGAAGUGAUGCUGAUCCCUCCUGCCUGGUUAACAGUUAAACAAGCCAUAACAAGAUGUAUGGAUAUUCAGAAACAGAUGUUGAAAUUGAUAGAAAAAAUGAAUAAAGAGUCUGGUUCUGCAAUAGAUGACAAAAAAGCUGCUUCACGAGAUGCAGGGAAAAAGACGCUGCUUCCUGUUCCUAAAAAAAUAUCCCAUUUAGGUUGUCUAGUAAUGGGAUACGAAAGUCAAGAACAACCACUAACUUUGAUCCAAUCAGCAUGCACAAAUCUUUCCUUGGAAUUAGGAACAGAUAUAUACUUGGGGAUAAAUUGUGCUGCUCAUGAACUAAUGGAUUAUAAUAAAGGAAAAUAUGAAGUAAUUGUUGGAACACCCAAAUCUGCUGAUGAAAUGGUGGAUAUGUAUCUAGAUCUGGUUAAAAAAUUCCCUUCUAUUUUAACUUUAAUAGAUCCAUUGAGAAAAGAGGACCGUCAACAAUGGAUCCAUCUGUACAAUGUUUUGGGUUCUAAGUGUUAUUUAAUUGCAGAAGACUCAUGCAGGAAUUUGACUAAACUUCUGAGUUCUAAAAAAAGCAAUAUGCCAAAAUGCAGCGGUCUUGUCAUAAAACAUAUCAAUGAAGCUAAAAUUUUGGACCUUGUACAAAUGACCCAGCGAUUAGAUGAUUGGAGGCACCUUUCCAUCUUAGGAAGUCCAGAUGGAGAAUCUUCUGAUGAUAGCCUUGCAGACCUGGCUGUUGGACUGGGAACCAAAUUCAUCAAACUGGGAGGUCUUUCCCGUGGAGAGAGGAUAGUCAAGUACAAUCGACUUCUUGCAAUAGAGGAAGAAUUAAACAAGAAUGGAAGGCUUUGUGAAAGAGAUGAGUAUGAAUUCAUUGACUUUACUGAAGAGGAAGAAGAGGAAGAGGAAGAAGAGGAGGAGGAAGAAGAAGAAAAAAUUGAUUAUACUGAUUCUCCUUCAGGCAGUACACAAGCUGUAGUCUAAAAAUUAAUGUUUCAGAUUUGACAUUGGUUAAUUCAAGCUGACCCUGAAAUUCUUUUGUGAAUGCAUUGCAUCUUUCCCAAUAUAGCAACUGUGAUAAAAAUGUAAAUUUAUUUCUCUUAUUGUCAUUAAAAGUUAUUUUUGAUUUUAUUUUGUCAAUGACUGAAUAUUUCUUUCUUUCAGUUCUAUUUGUUCCUGUGCACAGUUCUGCACAGACAGGAGUGUCUGGUAAAAUUUAUUUUGGUGGGAGAAACUAACAAUACAUAUUAUAGAACUGAUUAUAAAAUCAAUGAUUCAUUAAAUUCCACUAAUACAAGUAUUUGUUUGAACAGUAAUCAGUCUUGAUGUGGGGUUUAUCAUAAAAUUCUUUAUUCCAAAUAUGUAUCAUCCUAAUAACUGACCAUUUUAAAAGACCCAAAACAUCUUUUAAAAGUAAGCAUCUGAAAUAUAAAUUGAAACUAUUUUUAUUAGAAUAUUAAAAUUAUAUGAACAAUUAAGAUCAGGAAUAAUGUAUCUGGCUAGUACUAUGACUACCAGCUAGAGGUUUGCAGAAUUAGUAUAGAUUCCUAGUGCAGUAUAAUGUAAUUUAUGGUGACUCACCAGUUUUUCUGAAUCUCUUGUAAAUUUUUAUGUGAAGAAUUAAAACAACUGCAACACAAUACUCCAGAACCAACAAAUCACAAUAUUUAACCAGGACAUUUUUAAUAAGCAGCAUCAAAAGAAUAAUAUAUUUCAUACUAAUCAUUUGAGAAGAAAUAUGCCUUUUUAAAAUGUUUGUAUUUUCAAUAAUUCCAAAAAUAUACAAAUUAUCAUAUUAAAUUCAAUAUAAUUAAACUAAUAUAAAUGUAAAAUCACUAAAAAAAACAUUUUUCCACAUUUACAAAUUAUUCACCAUUCAAAUCAUAGAGUAGAAUUCUUUAUUGGUCAAGUGUGAUUAGACACACUAGGAAUUUGUCUCCAGUGCGUAAGCUCUCAAUGUACAAACAUAAAUCAUAGAUAAAAAAACAUAGUUAUAAUCAUUAAUCAUAUGAUACAUUCUGAAGAAUGCAUUCAGGAAGAAACCCAUCUGAUUUUCAUGGAAUUUAACUCCAAAUGGAAGUCUAUAGAAAACUUUAUGGUUUCUUUUUUAAGUCAAGCAUUAAACACGUACAUAUCAAGUCAAAUUAAUAAAUUAGAUUCAACCUUAGACCUCACUACCAAUCACUGUUUCCUAUCAGAAAGUUCUUAAUAGUGCACUCAAGCCCAUAUUAAAUUGCAAACUGCUGAGGUUUCAUCACGAUUGUCCAUUAUAUUGGAAAUGUAUAGUUUUAGAAACGUGAAUAAAUUGUUAAUUGCAUUCAAAGUAGCCUGUUGCAUAUUUAUCAAUGUUUGUAUUAGAAAAAUAAAUGAUGACCAAAUAUAGUAAAUCAGCUAUGUUGUCUAUUUCCUGAAUUCACUGCAUUCCAUAGGGUGACAUAUUCAAUGCAUCUGCUGAGCUAGAAGAACCCUCUGACUACUCUCAGGGAUCUUACUAAUGGCAAGGUAAACAUCAUUUGGCCAAUGCAUAUUCCAUACCCUCCAUACCAUGCCCUGAAAUAGUACCGUAGGUAGAAAUUCAUGUGGAGGUAUAUUACUGAUAUAUUUUAAUAUUAUAUUGUAGAAACAGAGCAAGGCACAUAUACAUACACACAUACGCAUAUACAGACAUACAACACAUAUAGAUAACUACACAGGAUGUGACCAUAUGAAUUCAAUCCCAGGCAAGAGUACUCCGAAUUUGGCCAUAUACAAGGAUUCAAAUCAAACAUCACUGUCUAAGCCAGCCAUUUCAAAUAGCAUCUCUCAUACUGCUGGGAAGUAGUUGACAAAAUCAACAAGACAUAACUGGCAGUCUGUUUAGGUAAAAAAAAGUAACCACAAACACAUAAGGAAUAAAUGCCAUGUAAUCUUCUCAAAAUUGACAAAAAUGUCAAGUUUAUUUUCUGAUUGCUGAAGACCACAAAAACUGUGCAUAUAGUAUUUAUAUAAAAAUCCCAUGGAUUUUAGCCUCAGUUCAAUACCAAUCAAAAAGUACUAAUGAAUAGAGUCCGUUAUUAAAUAUGCAUUUAUAGCUUGUUUUUUCUACAACUAGAUAUAAGCUUUAGAGCAGGGGUAUCCAACCAAGGCAGCUUUAAGACUUGUGGACUUUAAAUCCCAGAGUUCUUCAACCAGCAUGAGAGCGGUCUUAAAAUUUUUAAGGUCUUAAAAUUGCCAAGGUUGGCCAUUCCUAUCUAGACUGUAUAAAAGGCAGGAAAACAAAUGUGCAAGAAACUAUAUAUAUUCCCUUCCUCAUGCUUGCCUUCCUAGCUGAGCAAUCAGAGUCACUCUUUUUCUAGUAAGAUAAAUAUUUCAGUACUCUGAAAUGCCUUAUAAAUUGCAUAGUUCUAUGAUUCCCACUGCUUUUCUUAGAAGAGGCCUUGUCUGGUGAAAGUUAAGGAUUGAAUAACUCAAAAACUAAGUCUAAAUUCUGAAGAGAAGUUUAUUAUAGAAGAUGACUAUCUUACAUAUAAAAAGCUCUAAAGGUUUCCCAGUUUGAUUAAAUGCCUCAUCUAAUCCCAUUUAUUCUUUCCCAGCGGGCUAAUAUAAAGCCUAGUUCAUAGUCAUAAAAUUAUGAUUCAGGAUCUCAUGCUGUUCUUCAACCCUCACAUUUGGUUGCUGUUCCUCUGCUGCCAUCUUUCUGUAUCACAUCCUGUUGUUUCCUAUAGAAGAUUCAUAUUUUGUUUUGUGCUCACAUAAUCUAUUUUAGAGAUAUGCUUCAAUUUCAUUCUGCCUAUAAUAUAUAAUCCUACACCAGAUUAUUUAGAAUUAGGAUUUAUUGAAGUCCGUACCUAUUUCUGUAAACCAAUUAACAAGAUAUGUUAAUUAUUUAAAAGGUGCCAUAAUGUAAGAAUUUACAAUGUAUUCAGGUAGAAAGUAGGCACUUUUUAGACACGGCAUUUUCUUCUGUCUUUCAUACAAAAUGUCUCUUUUAUGGGGCUCCCUGUUACAACAUAUUUUUAUAUAAAGAUCAACAAACAAUGUUUCUUCUUCAAAGUACUGUUCUUCCUAAAUGCCUACAUGCAUUUAUUAAAAUGCUUGCAAUAAUUCUGUGGCUUCUGGAAUAGUUCUUCCCUCUUAUUUUUCACAUGACUUAAAAAUCCAAUAAUCCCAGAAAAGACUUCAUGUGGGGAUAUAGGAAGAGUUUAGAUACAAAACUAUAAGAGCCAGUUUGAUCUAGUGCUUAAGGUACCAGGCUAGAAAUUAAAAAAAAAAAAAA